UCGACUGCCUCUCAUUCGUCUUCGCCCGGUUCAGCUGCCACCAUGGCGGUUCAUGGCUUCGCUUUCAGCAUCAAAUACGCCUUCUCCUGGACGUUGUUGAUGCUGAUUUUCCUAGGAGGGCGUGAAGCCGCGAGGUUAGAACGGUGGGAGUCGGUGAUUCAAUUGCCUACUGGGUUGGAUGAACCGGUGGAUGUUGACGGAGAAGUGGGCACUCGAUGGGCGGUUCUGGUGGCGGGUUCAUCUGGCUAUGGAAAUUACAGGCAUCAAGCGGAUGUGUGUCACGCGUACCAGUUGCUCAGGAAAGGAGGACUGAAAGAAGAAAACAUAGUGGUGUUUAUGUAUGAUGACAUAGCCACGAACGAGUUGAAUCCCAGGCCUGGAGUCAUCAUCAACAAUCCAAACGGACCAGAUGUAUAUGCCGGCGUCCCUAAGGAUUACACAGGAGAGAAUGUGACGGCAGAGAAUCUGUAUGCAGUUAUUCUUGGGGAUAAGAGUAAAGUGAAGGGUGGAAGUGCGAAGGUGAUCAACAGCCAACCCAAUGACAGGAUUUUCAUCUAUUACUCCGACCAUGGAGGCCCUGGUGUUCUGGGGAUGCCAAACUUGCCAUACCUUUAUGCUAAGGAUUUCAUUGAAGUUUUGAAGAAGAAACACGCAUCCGGGGGCUACAAGGAGAUGGUUAUAUACGUAGAAGCUUGUGAAAGUGGGAGCGUAUUUGAGGGUAUAAUGCCCAAAGAUCUGAAUGUGUAUGUAACAACCGCAUCGAAUGCAGAAGAAAGUAGCUUUGGAACAUACUGUCCUGCGAUGGAACCUCCUCCUCCUCCAGAAUACAUCACCUGCCUUGGUGAUUUGUACAGCGUUGCUUGGAUGGAGGACAGUGAGACUCACAAUCUGAAGAGAGAAACGAUAGAGCAACAAUAUGAGACGGUGAAGAGGCGAACUUCCAAUUCAAACACCUUGUCGCUUGGUUCUCACGUGAUGGAGUAUGGGGACACCAGCAUCAAGCCUGAAAAGCUUUAUAUGUAUCAAGGUUUUGAUCCUGCCACCGUCAACUUUCCUCCUCACAAUAGCAGGCUAGGAGCGCAAAUGGAAGUCGUUAACCAGAGAGACGCAGAGAUUUUCUUCAUGUGGCAAAUGUACAAGAGAUCAGAAAAUGAAUCGGAGAACAAGGCAGAAAUUCUGAAGCAGAUCAAAGAGACGGUGAAGCACAGAAAACAUCUAGAUGGUAGCGUGGAAUUGAUUGGAACGUUUCUAUUUGGACCGGCAAAAGGUUCCUCUAUUUUAAACUCAGUCAGACCAUCCGGAUUCCCACUGGUCGAUGAUUGGGAGUGCCUAAAAUCAAUGGUGCGGGUGUUUGAAACUCACUGUGGGUCGCUGACUCAGUAUGGCAUGAAACACAUGCGUUCGUUUGCCAAUAUCUGCAACAAGGGCAUUUCUGAGGCCUCCAUGGAGGAAGCUUGUAUGGCGGCCUGCACUGGCUAUGAUACGGAACUCUGGCAUCCAUCCAACAGGGGUUUCAGUGCUUGAUCUUUUUUGGGUUCUUCUUAAUUGCAGCCCUCAUACUGGUUUUUAGAUUGUCAUCUUUUAUGAUCAUUUGUGUUGAGUAGCUAAAUACCCUUAUAGUCUUAUAGAUACCACUUGUACCCUCAAAUGUUGAAUUUUGGGCUUACACUAUUGUCGUUGACCUUGGGGUGUGUGGUGUGUAGAUGAGCCGCUACGUGGGAGAUAGGGAAUUAGUAGGAAUGUUCAUUUGGAAGAAGCUAUAAUAUGUAUCACGACAAUUGAUUUGGAUAAUACUAUAUGCGACAGAAAGUAAUGUCGGA